UUUAUAAUACAGGACCCAGAGACUAAAAAGCCACGAGUGAAGAUUUAUACUGAUAGAGAAACCGGCAGGAAGAAGGGUGAUGCCUUGGUGACAUAUUUCAAGGAGCCUUCUGUAGCUUUAGCGGUUCUAUUGUUGGAUGGGACACCAUUCUGUCCUGGUGGUAAGACUCAUAUGUCUGUAAGUCCAGCCAAAUUUGAGCAGAAAGGUGAUGUUUUCGUUUCAAAGAAAACUGACAAGCAAAAGAAAAGGAAGAUAAAGAAGGUUGAGGACAAAAUGCUUGGAUGGGGUGGGCAUGACGAUAAGAAGCUGAUGAUUCCUGCUACAGUAAUUUUAAGGCACAUGUUCACUCCUGUUGAGCUGAGAGUAAGUAGCUGA